AUGGAGGAGGAGAGCUGCCAGGCCAAGCGCUCGCCCUCCUCGCCGCAGGGAGGGCCCAAGAAGCGGUCGGCCUUCGGGGACAUCACCAACGCUCCUGUGACCCAGGCGGUGGUGGGGAAGAAGGAGCCGUCCAAAGGCGGGACGCGCAAGAAGGCCCCCGUCRCCCUCGACGUCGCCAAGAACAAUGAGAUCAACCAGAAAAAGUCUUUGAGAAAAACUCCGCCRACGGAGUCUCCUGCAGAGCCCCCGAAGGUUCCUGUGCCCGAGGAGCCUGAGCCCGUGCAGGCCCCGGUYGUGGAGAACAUCGACCAGGAGCAGCUGGGUGACCCCUACGCCAGUGCCGAGUACGCCAAGGAGAUCUUCGACUACAUGCGGGAGAGAGAGGAGAAGUUUGUGCUCCCCAACUACAUGGAGAAGCAGCCGGACAUCAGCGGGGACAUGCGGGCCAUCCUGGUGGACUGGAUGGUGGAAGUGCAGGAGAACUUUGAGCUGAGCCAUGAGACGCUGUACUUGGCAGUGAAGCUGGUGGACCACUACCUGGUGGAGGUGGUGAGCAUGAGGGACAAGCUGCAGCUCAUCGGCUCUACAGCCAUCCUCAUUGCCUCCAAAUUCGAGGAGCGGUGCCCCCCGUGCGUGGAUGACUUCCUGUACAUCUGUGACGAUGCCUACAAGCGGGAAGAGCUCAUUGCCAUGGAGAUGAGCAUCCUCCGCACCCUCAAGUUCGAUAUCAACAUCCCCAUCCCCUACCGGUUCCUGCGGCGCUUUGCCAAGUGUGCCCGUGCCAACAUGGAGACGUUGACGCUGGCCCGUUUCUUCUGCGAGAUGACGCUGCAGGAGUACGACUACGCCCGCGAGAGCCCCUCCAAGCUGGCCGCCAGCUGCCUGCUCCUGGCGCUCACCAUGAGGAACCUCGGAGGCUGGACCCCCACACUGGAGUAUUACAGCGGGUACUGCUCCAAGGACCUGCAUCCCCUCGUGAAGAGGUUGAACUUCCUAUUCACCUAUCAACCCCACGACAAGCUGAAGGCUGUGCACACCAAGUACUCACACAGGGUCUUCUUUGAGGUUGCCAAGACCACCCCCAUGGACAUGCUGAAGCUGGAGGAGAUACUAAGGAGCUAGCCCUGACUCUGUACAUAGACUGUAAAUAGCUAGGUGCUCUCUGGCCCAGGAGCA